AUGAGCGUGAUUUCAGCCAUUAGAGUGCCAGCUACAUCGGCACCUGCAAAAGCAGCCAUCAUUUUCGUCCAUGGACUAGGCGACUCGGGUCAAGGAUGGAGUUUCUUGCCGCAAUUCAUCAACCGGUCAGGUCUUAUUCCGCAUGAGAUUUCCAGCUCGAUAAACUAUGUUUUUCCCAAUGCGCCCCUGAUUCCAAUCACGGUGAACGGUGGCGUGUCCAUGCCCGGCUGGUUCGACUUGUAUGAGUUUGGCAACCCCAACGCUAGACAAGAUGUCGUGGGAUUUUUCAAGUCUGUCCUGGACGUGAUCAAAGCCUUGAUUGAUGAGCAAGUCAACAAGUUCAACAUCCCGGCGGAGAAUAUCAUCAUCGGUGGGUUCAGCCAAGGUGCAGCUUUGUCGUUGGCUACUUUGGCCACGUUGAACUUCAAGAUUGGAGGAGUUGUGGCCUUGUCUGGAUUCGUCACCCCUCCGGUUGCGCAGGAGUUGGAAGCAAAAUACUUGGUAAAGGAUGUAAACUACAACACUCCCGUAUUCCAAGGUCACGGAACUGAAGACCCUUUGAUUGCUUUUGCCUUUGCUGAAAAGACUGCCGAGUAUUACAAAGAUAAAUUGGGGUUCAAGAAUUUGCAGUUUCAUGCGUACAAAGGAAUCGCUCAUAGUGCCAGCGAGGAAGAAUUGGCCGAUGUCAUCAACUUCAUUAAAGGCAUUCUUACAAAAUAG